GUGAGAAUGAGAGAGGACAGCAGACCUGUACGUGUCUUUCAUCAUUAAUGAGCUUCAUUCGUGUUUUCGUUAGAUGGCAGCAAAGCAGCAGAGAAACAUCAGCAGCUCUGCAGCAUCCGCAUCCGAACACUUAAGCGCGAGCUGCUGCUGUCAUUACCGAGCCGAGCCGAGCCAGAACACACACAUAUACACACACACACUCACGCGCGGGGCGGCCAGAGCUGCAUUCAUCGGAACCAGACGACAUGAGCUGCUUUUGGAUACACUCGAUCCUCAUCCCGGGAUUCUUCGUACUCUUCGGAUUUGAAGGAUUCCCGGUGAUCAGCGUGGACAGCCAGAGAUCCACCGACAACAUCACCAUCAGGCAGGGAGACACCGCCGUGAUCCGGUGUUAUGUGGACGAUAAGGUGUCGAAGGUGGCUUGGUUGAACCGCUCGAACAUCAUCUUCGCGGGUGAGGAUAAGUGGUCUCUGGACCCGCGGGUGGAGCUGGUGACUCAGGGUCAGCUGGAGUACAGUCUGCGGAUACAGAAGGUGGAUGUGUUCGACGAGGGUCCGUAUACCUGCUCCAUCCAGACCAAACAGCAGCCCAAGACGUCACAGGUCUAUCUCAUCGUUCAAGUUCCUCCAGUCAUCUAUAAAGUUUCGGACGACAUCACUGUGAACGAGGGCAGUAACGUGACGUUGACAUAUCAUCCUAAACUACCUACUGAGGCUCUGGACGUGGGCGAGUAUCUGGAGAUCUCUGGGAUCGUUCGCUCUCAGGCCGGACGUUACGAGUGUAAAGCGAGCAAUGACGUCUCCACUCCUGAUGUCAAAUACGUCAACGUGGUGGUGAACUACCCGCCGUACAUUAAGGAGGUGCGGAGCUCCGAGACGCCGGUGGGACAGGCUGGAGUCCUGCACUGCGAGGCGUCUGCGGUUCCUCAGCCUGAGUUUGAGUGGUACAGAGACGAGCGCAGACUGUCCAGCUCUCAGAGCGUCAGUAUUCAGAUCAGUGGCUCUCGCACACUGCUGGUGGUCGCUAACGUCACAGAGGACGAUUACGGAAACUACACGUGUGUCGCCACCAACAGACUGGGAAUCCACAACGCCAGCGUGUUCCUCUACAAACCUGGCACUGGGCGGGACAUCAAUGCCUCAGGCUGCGUCUGUCAAUCAUUCUGGCUCCUCCUCCUGUCUGUUCUCUCGGCUCUUCUGAAGUGUUAAUGUUCAUCGCAGACGCUCUGAAUGCGAUCGAUCGUCUCAGACUGUUUCCAUCCAUCCAUCCACGCUCACCGUUACGCUCCGGCAGGACGACCGUCUUAUUAUCAGGAAAAAAUAUGACAUGGAGAAAAGAAAGAAGGUGCUCUUUUUAAGACAAGAAUAUUGUCGUUUAACCGGUUCAAACACUUAAUUCCAGUGACGCCCGUCUGUCUGUCGUCUGAGUGCAUGUGUGUGAUUUACCACAGAAACCCAGAGCGAAAUCAUCUAGAAAAAUGGUUCAUUUCAUUGUGUUUUCCCAUAAUACCCUGAAGCCUGUUCCUAAAUCUGCCUAAUGUAAUCUAAUGAAGGAGCGCUAGAAUCAUGUAAAGUCCUUUAGAUGUGGUUUAAAGCUAAUGACUAGCAGAAAGGACUGAAACACACAGUAUUUUCUGCUGAAUCUUCAUCAUGAAGAUUCUCCGAGAUCAGAUCACGUUUGAGACGCUCACAUCCAUCUGUGUUUGUGAUGAUUGAUCGGAGCAUCUUUAACAGAUGCAGAACAGACCCCGCCCCUAAACCACUCCCACAUGUGUAGCUCCGCCCACACACACUAAACCAUCCCACACGUGUAGCUCCGCCCACACACACUAAACCCCUUCCACAUGUGUAGCUCCACCCACACUAAACCCCGCCCACACACACUAAACCCCUUCCACAUGUGUAGCUCCGCCCACACACAUCAAACCCCUCCCACAUGUGUAGCUCCGCCCACACACACUAAACCGCUCCCACAUGUGUAGCUCUGCCCACACUAAACCCCGCCCACACACACUAAACCCCUUCCACAUGUGUAGCUCCGCCCACACACACUAAACCCCUCCCACAUGUGUAGCUCCGCCCCCACACACUAAACCCCUCCCACUCCUGGCAGAUCUGCAGGUGUUUCUUCAGGGUUCUUGUGAAAACCUGGAUCAUCUGAGAAUCUCUCUCUCGUGAAAAACUAUUCUUUUGUAGGGAAACCUGUAGAAUUCUGUGGAAUGAUUUUUACCGUGGCAAAGCGUGAGAUUCGUCCAGACUGUGAAAUCGUAUGAACUCUGAAUUGUACGACACCAAUGAAUGCUUGGCUUCGAUCCGCUGCUCAUCCCGUCGCGUCUGUCGUCUGUAAAUAUUCUUUUGAAUCGAAUGUCCUCACAUGGAGACGAAACGAAUCUUCGGUUCAGGUCUCUUCAUAAGUAGUUAGUUAUCUGCAGUGGCAUUUUGAUGCUUCCUGUAACAAACUGAAAUUAGAUACUAAACAAAGAUUUUUAAUACAAAUAUUUAAAUAUCUCGUUCUAAAACUAGAUUUACCUUUGAAGCGGCUGCACUACUAUUCUUAUUUAUAGAGACUGAUCAGUUCUGUUCGUUAGUUAUUAUAAUAGUAGUUGUACAGAAAUGAGCUGAAUCCACUGACUGCCAAACGAUUACAGAAAACGAUAUGAAAAAGCUAUUUUAGAGAUGAUUUACACUGAAUCCACACACGCGUUCGUUUUCUUUGUCGCUGAUUUUGUGAAGCGUCUGUCCCUGAUUUUCUUUUUUACCUGUUAAUUUCUUUUGAAGUUCUCAAAGAGCAGGUUGUGUGUACGCAUUCAUAUAUUAAAGACAUUUCAAAAAUAUUAUGAAUCCCUCCUGAGCUCUUCAGCCCUUUGAUUGACAGCUCUCUCAGCCAAUAGGCUUUCAGCGUGUGAGCUCUGAUGCCUUGACUGGAUGAACCCGCGUGUGGCUCGGCGGCUGGUUUUUAAGGGCUAGUCGUGUGUCUCCUGUAGUCCGCAGCAGCUCUCGCUCGUGCCCUGAACACCGUUAUUUGGGUUUGAUCCGAUCCAAAGUCAAGCGUCCUGAAGUCCGGAUCAGGACUUGUGUGUUUUCUUUCUGAAUGCAGCUUCACUGCAGUGUGUGUGUUUAACAGUUACACUCAAUGAGGAUCAGCUGACUUUAAUUUCACCGUGUGUAUGUGUGAGUG